AUGUAUCAAUCGAGUGAUGAAUUUCAAAGCGAUUAUACCAUUCAUGUCAAUGCAAAACAUGUAAUUCAAACCAAUACAAACGUUCAAUUUAGAAUCAUUGACAUUCCGAGUCGAUGCUAUUCCAUGAAUGAAUGUCAUCGAGGAAUUUUCAUGGGAUCGAUUGGAAUACUCGUGGUGAAUGCAGAAUCGUUUGAUUUUGAAUGGCAAGUAUCGGCGACACUCAAUCCUAUCAUGCAAGUAAUGAUGGCCAAAUGGUAUGGAAUGAAACAAUUGAUCGUUUGUGUGAAUCGAAUGGAUAUCUUCCAACAAACGAAAUAUUCGGAAGAAAAAUUUCAUGAAAUUCACACACGAAUUUCAAAGGAUUUGAAAAAAAUAGGAUUUGAAGAGACGAUAAUCAUUCCAAUUAGUGCAAUGUAUGGAUAUAAUGUGACAGAACGCUCAGUGGCGCAAUUUCUGAGUUGGUAUUCGGGAAAAUGUUUGCUUGAAGUAUUGAAUGAACAAGGCAUGAAAUUUCAAUCUGAAAAAGCGUUGCAAAAACAUUGUGCGACUCAACCAUUGUUUGACGAUUACAAAUUUACAAACAUUUCAACAAUCCAUUCUCCACUAAAAAUACCAAAGAAACUAUCAUUUUGGGAUUUAUUGAGUAUUCAAAUUUUUAAUAAGGACUGCCAAAAGGCAUACACCAAUGACAUUGUGGGAAUUUGUUUGAGCUCACCGAUAUUAGAAGACAAUCAUCUCACUAUAGUGGAACACAAAAAUGUGGCGACAAAAUCAGGAUUUAUCAUUAGUGAUCCAAAUUUUGAGCCAUGUUGUUUUAUUAAGAGUUUUGAAGCACAUGCUAAAAUUGUCAAGUCCAUAGAAAUUCGUAAAAUAGGACGUGUAUUUCUAGUUUAUUAUGGAUUCUCUCGAAUUCCGUGCCGAGUUGAGAAAGUAUUUCGCGUGAUAACUAAAAAUGGUCAAUCAUGCUCGAACAACAGUUUGCAUACCAUAGUGCUUGAGAAAGGAGCUGUUGUAAUAUUUAAAUUCAUUCCUCAAGCAAAAAUGCUAGCUAAUGAUCCAAAAAACGAAACAAAGCUGUCACGAAUUUUAUUGUUAAACGAUGAUAGAGAGGUGGUUAGUUUUGCCAAAAUUACAAACGUAGAAAGAACGAAUGAUGAGCGUAACGAUUUAUUGAAAAGAUUAGAAGAACUGUUAUUUCACAACAAGUCAACACCUAUAGCAUGGUCAUUUCAAGAUGUCACUAUUCAAAGCUUUCAUUAA